GGAGGAUUUGUUCGAGAUGUGUCAAUGUUACGCAGAGCACAGGGCAGAGAUAAUAAAAAGGCUCUCUCUCUUUCUUUCUCUCUCUUCUCUAAUCUAAUCAAAAAAUCUCUUCUUUAGGAAGAGAAGUUUCCUCUUCCGACUUUCUUCUUUCUCAUGAAUCCCGGAAAAUCGGGAACCCUUAGCGAUUUCAGCUAAUCUUUACUUAACUUUUCCUUUCUUUUCUUUAGUUCUAACAACAAGUAGCAAUACCCUUUUGGAGAUUCGAUCGUAUUAGCUGUUUUUUUUUUUUGUGUUUUAGCUGUCUUGUGUUGAUCAUGGAGAGAUCUGAUUCUAGAGAUUUCUAUACCUUUGCUCGGACUUCUUCUGAUAAGAAUAGUGCACUCUUUGACGCAUCUCAAUAUGAGUUCUUUGGUCAAAGUCUUGAAGAAGUGGAAUUGGGUGGUCUUGAUGAUGAUGUUACUGUUCGUGGACAUGUCGAUGAUGAAGAGUAUCAUUUGUUUGAUAAAAGAGAGGGUGCUGGUUUAGGAUCACUAUCUGAGAUGGAUGAUCUUGCCACAACUUUUGCAAAGCUGAACAGAAAUGUUACCGGGCCCAAACACCUUGGAGUAAUUGGUGACAGAGGAUCAGGGUCCUUUUCAAGAGAAAGUUCUACUGCUACAGAUUGGACACAAGAUAAUGAGUUCACAAGCUGGUUGGAUCAGAACACGCUUGAAGAACAAGUUCAGGAAGCUAGUUGGUCUUCACAGCCACAGUCGUCUGCUAAUUCAUCUUUAUACAGGACAUCCUCAUAUCCUCAGCAGCAAACACAGCUACAACAUUACAGUAGCGAACCGAUUAUUGUACCAGAAUCGACUUUUACGUCUUUUCCUUCACCUGGAAAAAGAUCUCAACAGUCUUCACCGAGCCAUAUUCAUCGUGCUCCUUCUCUUCCUGGUGGUAGUCAGUCGAACUUUUCAGCACCAAAUGCCUCUCCGUUGUCGAAUUCUACUUUCCAUCUCUCAGGAUUGUCACAUGGACCACCGCAUUAUGGUAAUAAUUUGGCUAGAUAUGCCUCAUGUGGUCCUACUCUUGGUAACAUGGUGCAGCAACCUCCUCAUUGGGUUACCGACCCCGGCCUUCUGCACGGUGAUCAUUCCGGGUUGUUGCACAGUCUAAUGCAACAGCAGCAUCUGCAACAAUUGCCUCCUCGGAAUGGUUUUACUUCACAACAGUUGAUUUCCCUUCAGCAGAGACAAUCUUUAGCUCAUCUUGCUGCAUUACAAUCCCAGCUGUAUAGUUCUUAUCCUUCUCCAUCACAUAAAGUUCCUUUUGGGGCUGCUGAAGUAAGAGAACACAAACAUAAGUCAUCUCAUAGAAGUCGAAAGAACAGAGGCAUCUCUCAACAGACCUCAGAUUUGGCUAGCCAGAAAAGCGAAAGCGGACUGCAAUUUAGAUCAAAGUACAUGACUUCAGAAGAGAUAGAGAGUAUUCUCAAGAUGCAGCAUUCCAGUUCACACAGUAGUGACCCUUAUGUCAAUGAUUAUUACCACCAAGCUCGGCUUGCGAAAAAGUCAUCCGGAUCAAGAGUGAAGCCUCAGUUGUAUCCUUCUCAUUUGAAGGACCACCAAUCUCGGUCCCGUAAUAGUUCUGAUCAACAACCACAAGUUCAUGUGGAUGCUCUUGGAAAGAUUACGCUUCCUUCUAUUUGCAGACCACGAGCGCUACUCGAGGUUGACUCUCCUCCUAGCUCUGGUGAUGGAAGGUCUGGUCAUAAGCAUCUUGAAGAUGAGCCUCUUGUCGCAGCUAGAGUCACAAUUGAAGAUGCUUUUGGAGUUCUUAUCGAUAUAGUUGACAUUGAUAGGACUCUCCAAUUCAACAGGCCACAAGACGGUGGUGCACAGCUCAGGAGAAAACGGCAGAUACUUCUAGAAGGAUUAGCAACAUCACUUCAACUUGUUGAUCCUUUUAGCAAAAGCGGCCAGAAAACCGCAUUGACCGCCAAGGAUGAUCUCGUGUUUCUACGCAUAGCUACUCUUCCUAAGGGUAGAAAAUUGCUGACAAAGUAUCUACAGCUUCUUGUUCCGGGUACUGAGAUCGCUCGGGUUGUCUGUAUGGCUGUAUUUCGCCACCUCAGGUUUCUAUUCGGUGGCCUACCGUCAGAUAGCAUUGCAGCAGAGACAAUAGCUAAUCUUGCUAAAGCAGUUACGGUUUGUGUUCACGCAAUGGACCUCCGAGCAUUGAGUGCUUGUCUUGCAGCUGUUGUUUGUUCUUCAGAACAGCCUCCUCUCCGUCCAAUAGGAAGUCCUUCCGGGGAUGGAGCUUCAGUUGUCUUGGUAUCUCUUCUUGAGAGAGCUGCUGAAGUAGUAGCAGUGGCGGUGGUUCCACCGCGUGUCAGCAACUCGAAUGAUGGACUCUGGAGAGCAUCGUUUGAUGAAUUCUUCUCUCUUCUUACUAAAUAUUGCAGGAGCAAGUAUGAGACAAUCCAUGGUCAGAACCAGGAUAAUGCAGCUGAUGUGUUGGAGCUAGCUAUAAAGAGGGAAAUGCCUGCCGAGCUUUUACGUGCGAGUCUUCGUCAUACCAAUGAAAACCAGCGGAAUUUCUUACUUAACGUUGGUCGUAGUGCAUCGCCAGUUAGCGAAUCAACAACUACAACGACGCGUGCAAGUGGUGGUCAGGUCAAUUCUGAAUUUGUGAGGGGUUAAAGUUUAACCAUAUAGGAAACAAACUGUGAGAUCAUGGACGGUGCCACGGUUUGUCUGAGUAGCUGGUGUAGAAAAUCAUACACAGGGCUCAGGUGAUUAAUGUUGUUCUUUUAGAUUUCUCUUUAAACUUCUUAGGUGCCUCGUUAUGGUGGUUGAAAGAUGGAGAAAGAGUAAAAUUGAAAGUGGGAGUUUGGUAAAACCGGAAAAAUAACUGAAUUUUCCGGGGGAGCUGUAUUUUUGGUUGCUCUGUGAUGGAAACUCCUAUUGGUAGGACUCAUUUAGGGUUUUAGGAGUUUGGAAGGAGAUUAGUGUUUGUGACUAUGUAUAGACUGAUGGUGAAUGGCGAAUGGUGAUUGGUAUGGUAAUGUGAUGGUGAUGACUGAUGGGGAUGCCGUGAUGGUGAAUGGUGCCGUAGCUAAGAGGUAUUUUGGUGUCUUAGCUUCAUGUGGGUUUGUUUGAAAUGUGGGCAUUGUAAUGACAAGGAACGCAAAGUUUUUUAAAAGUUGUUUCUAUUGGAUCAUGUCUCGAAUGUAUACUCUUCUGUUAUUUUGUAAGAAGUUGAAAACUUGAUAUGUAUUGGGCGGAAAAACGGUCUAUUUCCCCCCGAGAA